AUGAGUACUGUACAUAAAGUAUUUAUAACUAGAAAUGAUAUGCCAGAUGUUGGGGUUGAAUUACUUAAGAAACAGUGUGAUGUAAGGAAAUGGGAAAAGGCGAGUCCAAUUCCAAGAGAUGAAUUUCUGAAAUCUGUAGCCGGUGUGAAUGGAAUUUACUGUACACUGAAUGACAAAAUAGAUAAGGAAUUAUUAGAUGCGGCCGGACCAAAUCUUAAGGUUGUUGGGACUAUAUCUGUAGGGUACGACCAUAUUGACACAGCAGAGUGCAGAACGAGAGGUGUCCGAAUAGGAUACACACCAAAUGUCUUGACUGAUGCUACAGCCGAGCUUACCCUUGCAUUACUAUUAACAACAUCAAGACGACUCCCAGAAGCUCAGAAUGAAGCAAAAACUGGUGGUUGGGUGUCUUGGGCUCCAACAUGGAUGACGGGGCCUGGACUUGCUGGGUCUACUGUAGGAAUCGUAGGAUUCGGUAGAAUCGGCCAAGCUGUAGCUAGAAGAGUCAGAGCAUUCAACACGGCAAAGAUAUUGUAUUACAACCGCAGCGAAAAACCAGAAGCCAAAGAGAUUGGUGCUUGCAAAGUUGGGUUCGAAGAACUGCUGACACAGAGUGACUUUGUUAUAUGUUGUGCAGCUUUAGUACCAGAGACAAAGGAAAUUUUUAACAAAAGUGCAUUUGAGAAGAUGAAACCGACAGCUGUAUUUGUGAAUACAAGCCGAGGUGGAACGGUCGACCAGGGUGCUCUUAUAGAAGCCCUACAAAAUAACACAAUAAGAGCUGCUGGCUUGGAUGUGACUACUCCCGAACCUCUACCUCUCGAUAAUCCAUUGUUCAAGCUUAAAAACUGUGUAGUUCUACCACACAUUGGUAGUGCUACAAUUGAAGCGAGGAAUGUUAUGAGUGAGCUCACUGCCAAAAAUAUCCUCUGUGCACUCAAUGGAAGUGAUAUGCCGGCAGAACUUAAAUAG